AUGGCGACUGGACGCGGGUUUCGUCGCCUGCUUAUUUUAUGGGGUUCUGUCGAUCCCGCCUCAGUGGAUGAGCGCGCCCUCGACGACUGGUGGACGAACGAGCAUCUUCUCGAGCGUCUUCGCCUACCAGGAUUUCAGCGGGCGCGUCGGUACCGCGCGCUCAACCGUAAGCACGGACAAAACGAGUAUCUUGCCCUUUACGAAGCAUCCAAUGUGUGGGACCUCGCCUCGGACGAGUAUCUGUACGCACUCAACCAUCCAACAAAAAGGACAGUGCAGUUUAUGCCAUGCCUCGCAAAGAUGAGCCGGUUUGCCUGUAGAAGUGUCCUGUCCAAGGGCUCACCGGUUUCAAUAUCAGUCGAGCCGGCCAACACGCAGGGCUUGCUAUUUAUGGUUGUAUACCAGGUCGAUAACGGAGGGCUGGAUCGCGACCCGUUGCGGGUGAUCGGUGAACACCUUGGCUGCGGACAGAGCGGCGCAUGGGCAGAGAUAACUUAUGCUCAACUGGCCAAAGUCGACGAAGAAAUCACCAAGAUCGGAAGUGCGAGCAAGUCUUACAAUCAUGUUCAGUUUAGGUCUCCGCAAGACGGCAAGCACACAGACGCAAAGAAGGCGGACACGUUCAUCGCGCUUUUCGAGCUCCGUCCCAAUAACACCGACAGACUGAUAACCGAAACCAGCACCAUGAGCGAACGGCUCAGCCACAACAGAGACAUAACGGGGCUUCACAUAAAUCAUAUCAAUGCCUAUGAGCUCAUCGCAUCCCUCAGUGGGCCUCUCAGUGAGUGCUGA